AUGGAAUGCAUUCGCGACUUGGACAUGGAUCUCGAAAACGAGUUCCUGAAGCUUGGUUACGCUGGCCCUGAGAAAGGACUUACGCGCUGGUGCAGCACGAUGAAAGGGAGAGAAUUCGGUCGGAUUAAUUCAUGGGGCAGUGGACCUAAGCGAGGGGGCGAUUUCGAACUUCACAGCCCUUGUACGCAUCUGGAGUUCCCUCAGACCCUUGUGGAGCCAAUUCUGCUCAGAUAUGCCACUCAACAUGGAUUCCCUUGUCGCUUUAGCACUCGACUUACCCGAUUUGACACUUCAGCACCAGGCUCGGUCCUUGCAGAAGUCGAGGAUCGGAUCUACGGCAUAAUUCAAAAAAUCAGAUGCAAGUAUCUUUAUGGGGCAGAUGGUGCCAAAAGCACCGUCGUCCAGCAGCUCGGAUUACCAAUGUCUAUCAAACCGAGCCAAGGGAUCGCACUGAAUGUUUUGCUCCGAGCUGAUCUGUCGGACAUAAUGAAGUCCCGAGUCGGGAAUCUGCACUAUGUUAUUCAACCUGAUGUGGAGCAGCCUGAUUUUGCUGCGUGGUCAAUCGUCAGAAUGGUCAAGCCAUGGUACGAAUGGUUGGUGAUCAUGAUGUACAAGCCAACCUGUCCCGCGGAUUUCAUGCCUGAGAAAAAACAGGUCGAGGACCAGGCCAAGUCAGUACUCGGCGAUGUGUCAAUACCCGUCGACAUCUUGCGAAUAGACAAGUGGUUCAUCAAUGAGACUGUAGCGGAGUGCUACAGCAAAGGCCAGGUAUUUUGCCUAGGUGAUGCGGUGCAUCGACACCCUCCGAUGAAUGGGCUCGGAUCGAAUACCUGCAUCCAAGAUGCCGCCAACUUAGCAUGGAAGGUUGCUCUGGUCGAAAAGGGACUUGCAGGGAGAUCGCUGCUGGACAGCUAUUCUGUCGAGCGGGCACCAGUAGGAGCUGGAGUGGUUGACCGGGCGAAUUCUUCUCUGAGGGAACAUAUACCUAUCUUUGAAUCUCUUGGGUUUCUCAACCCGUCCUUGCAGGAACGGAAGCAACAAUUGGCCAUACUGGAUGAAGUAUCCGAACGUGGCCGAGCUCGCCGGCAGCAACUCAUCCAUUCGAUUGAUUAUACAUGUCACGAAUUUCUUGCGCAGGGAUCCGAUAUGGGACAGCGAUAUGAGUCGUCUGCCAUCUUUCUCGACGACGCAGGAACGCCUCCGAAGCCACCUUUAGAUCCGGUCUUGUAUUACGAGCCCCAUACAUACCCUGGGGUCAGACUGCCACAUGCCUGGCUGAACACGAGCAUUCCACAGAAACCGGUGUCCACAUUGGAUCUGAGCGGCAAAGGCCGAUUCGCACUCUUUAUUGGCCAUGGCGGAGACAUGUGGCGGGUUGCUGCUGCCAGAGUCAAAGAAAACCUGGGCUUGGAUGUGGCGGUAUUUGCGGUCGGGUUUGGUCUGGAAUAUGAAGCCGUCUAUAAUGACUGGUAUCAUCGCCGCGAAGUCAACGAGGAUGGCUGCGUCUUGCUAUCUACUUACCUAGGAAGGGAGGUAUUCUCACGUCGUCUUGAGUCUGUGCCAAUUUCGAGCACAGUCUUCAUUAUGUACGCGCGAAGACUGGUGGCAGAAUUGCUAAGAGGGGGACACAACAUCCCACUACUCGUCGAAAGCGAGAUCCUUAUACAACGCAUGCCUGCAAUCGAUGCAAAGCCGCCAAAGUUCGUUGUGAUGGCCGCCUUCCGUCAUCUGCCCAGCUUCCUAGUGGAAGAGCGGCAGCAAGAGGACAAUGAAGACCGCUGUUAUGCAGCGCUGUUAGCGCUCCUUGAGCAGCAAGGCCGGAAGCUAGACCUCUUGACAGGACAAAUGGCAAUGCUGACGGGCGCUCAAAACCUGCCUAGCCCACCGAGUUCAAGGGAACACGGCUUCGAGACAGCUUAUAAAAGGGGACUACCAUUGCUCCACAGCCAAACGAGCUCACUAUUCUGCAUAAAUGUAAUUGAUCCUGGGGUCCAAAAGUUCCACGGCUCUAACAAGCCAAUGACACAACCUGCCUCACCGUCAACAUCGACGCCAUCUCCUUUCUGGAUAAUCCAGGGCGAGAUCGUUGACGGGGAUUGGAGUGACAUGAGCCAGAGCGAUGCCUCUGGUUCUCCAAGCUCAGCGUCACACAUGCCCCUGCCUCAGGUGCUCUCUCCUUCGAGCUUGCUCCACCCACUGGAAGAGCUGGACGACAACCAGAUUAUGCAAACCAUAGAAUCGUAUGGGGUUCUGGAAGGGCUCAUGUAUCCCAUUGUCGACACGGCCCACAUCAUGCGAAUAGCGGAAUGCUUCACUGGUGCCCGGGCACCGUACUCAAAUCAAAGACCACCCGGGUUCCCUACACUAGAACUACGCCGAAGUGAUCUGGUUAUUCUAAAGCUGGUUUUAGCGACGGGGCUGCUUACAGAGGGAGAUACGCACAGUACCAUGGCUUUGAGGCUCUUCCAAAGCGUUCAUUCAGAGGUAGAGUCAAUGCUCUGGAGCGAUACCGUGGACCUGAAAGAUUUGGUAUCAAUGACUUUGGUGUGCAUUUUCUAUCUACGUCGUGGAAUAUGGCGUCGCGGAUGGCGCUUCCUAGGGAACGUCACACGAAUCAUUCUGGAGCUCGGGCUGAACCGGGAGAUUGUGCUCAUUCGCUCAUUCCCCGAUGCCUCAACUCGUUCCUGGGUCGUCAACACCAUCUGGACAAUUUACGUUCUUGAACGCCAGCUCAGCUACGGGUUGGGAGUAGCAAAUGCUGCUCAAGAGCUCCGCCUCGAGCCAACAUUUCCCCGACCUCUUGGUGCAGUCUUCUUGAUAGCCAUGGCCGAGUACUCACGGAUCGGAAAGCAAGCCACUGAUGAUCUAUUCUGUGAUGGUAGAGAUACUGGACCUCAGCUAUUGCAUAAUUGGCGAGAGAGAUAUGCAUUUUUCCAAUACCAACUUGAACAAUGGACACAACACACCUCUAGCGACUUGGAACAUACCAGCGCGAACGAGAGGGCGACGGCAGCUCUCCAUUUGGUGCGCACAACCCUCUCCUUACGUGCAAACCAUCUUCGAACCCUCAUCUCCCGAUCCUUUCUCUGCACAACUCUCCGUGAUGCAGCACCGCCAGAUAUUUGGACCACGUCUGUGGACGUGGCCGCAAACACAGUGGAAAUAUUGGUAGGGUUGGAUAAUUCCACAAAGGAGUUCCGCUUCCACCAGGCCCUGUUCAAUCAUUUUCUCAUCACAGCUUUGGAUGUCCUGCUUUUUGCGACCACAUUCGGUUCUUCGAAACGUGGAAAUCCCUCUGCCAAUGGAAAGGAGAUCAUCAUAACGGAAGAGGCUCAUCUCAAAGCCCGGCAGAGUUCCCUGGUCGCCAUGAACCUUCUUCGCGCUCUAGCUGGGACCACAUACCACUCCAAAUAUCUCUGGGAACGCAUGCGAGGAGUGGCAGCUCAUCUGAAUUUGAGCAGCUAUUUGUUUAGCACGGCGCCAGGGGCACCCGGUGUAUCUGGAGGAAACGCAGUCCCAGAUCUCCAAGGACAAGCUGCAGCAAGUGGCCCAGCCGACCAAGCAAAUACUGAGCACUGCCCUUUAAGAGCGGAGCAAGCAAAUGAUCUGAGCGGCGGCCAGUAUGAUACCGACAUUGGAAAACCGAAGCUUUCUCGUCCUAUAGAAGACUACUCUGUCUGGGACUGGGGCGGAGACUUGCUUUUGUCAGAGUUUGAAUUUUUGCCAGAUACAAGCUCACUUCGACUAUUCCCAUGA